CAGGCCCCGCCUUCCAGUACAGAGGGACCGGCGCUGCGGUUCCGGGAGCCGGGGGGCGGCGGCCAGCACCCGCAGCAGCGGGCACCGGGCACCUGUCGGAGAGUCUCGGACUUGAGGCCGGAGGCUCCACUCCCUGCGGGUUCUCACCCUCUUCCCCUUUGGUGACCCUGAGAGUUCCAUCAUGAAUGUCUUCUCACUCCACACAUCCUGCCUUGCUGCUUGCACCCUCUCGAAGGGUCUGAAGAACUUGCUAUAUAUCAUUGCCCAGAUUUCUUUCUGAGGCUUAGACCCAGGUGCCCCCACCCUGUCCCUCCCCUCAUUUUGAGGUCUUAGCACAUGCUGCUCUACGUGGAAUGUUCCUCCCUCAGCCAGAUCAGCUCAUCGUCUGCAAGCCCUCAUGCUGCAGCAACUCCAGGUCCCAAUUAGAUGCCUCUCCCAUAUGCCCCUGCUCGCAGCUCUUCUCACAUCACAAGCCCAGAUGCCGCUCCAGCCUUCAAGCAAAGACACAGAAGAGAUGGAAGCCGAGGGUGAUUCAGCUGCCGAGAUGAACGGAGAGGAAGAAGAGAGUGAGGAGGAACGAAGUGGCAGCCAGACCGAGUCCGAAGAGGAGAGCUCAGAGAUGGACGAUGAGGACUACGAACGGCGCCGCAGCGAGUGCGUCAAUGAGAUGCUGGACCUGGAGAAGCAGUUCUCGGAACUAAAGGAGAAGUUGUUCAGGGAACGACUGAGUCAGCUGCAGGUGCGGCUGGAGGAAGUGGGGGCUGAGAGAGCGCCCGAAUACACAGAGCCCCUGGGGGGGCUGCAGCGGAGCCUCAAGAUUCGCAUUCAGGUGGCAGGGAUCUACAAGGGCUUCUGUCUGGACGUGAUCAGGAAUAAGUACGAGUGUGAGCUGCAGGGAGCUAAACAGCACCUGGAGAGUGAGAAGCUGCUGCUCUAUGACACGCUGCAGGGGGAGCUGCAGGAGCGGAUCCAGAGGCUGGAGGAGGACCGCCAGAGCCUGGACAUCAGCUCGGAGUGGUGGGAUGACAAACUGCACACCAGAGGCAGCUCACGGACCUGGGACUCCCUGCCGCCCAGCAAGAGGAAGAAGGCGCCCCUCGUUUCUGGCCCGUACAUCGUGUACAUGCUGCAGGAGAUCGACAUCCUGGAGGACUGGACGGCUAUCAAAAAGGCUAGGGCAGCCGUGUCCCCUCAGAAGAGAAAAUCCGAUGGACCAUGACCCUGUGAUUCACAGCCAGCGGGGCCCCUCGGAGCAACAGGCACCAAAACCCGGAUUUACAUUUUCCUACUGCAGAGAGGCAGACGGACAAGCCCCUCGGGUCUUUCUAGCCGGCUCUCCAGGGCUGCUGCUGGGCACUGCCCUCCAGCCCUCACUGGUCUGGACUCCUCUGCUCCUGCUCAGGGCUUGUACAGCUGUGGCCCGAGCAGUCCUAGCCAGGCAAGACUGAGUCUCUCAUCCCCAACCAGCCCCCUACCUUCCCCUGCCGAAGGUCAGCCCCCUGGCUCCCUCCCUGGCAAAGAAGACCUGCCUCAUCUGAAGCCAAAGCACAUCCUUCCUGCUGACCUUGGACCUGGCUCCCCAGUCACUGAGCCAGUGUGUUGGACCCACUUCAUGGGAACUCUGAACCAGAAAUUCUGUUGCAGGGGGGGGCGGGUGCGGAGGGGCCUGUCCUGCCUCUUGCCAUGCUGAGAAGGCGGGCUCCCCAGGUCUUCUCAAGGCAGUCCUUGGUGCCUGCCGCCCACACUGCGGGGACGGGAAUUAAAGCAUUUCCUGGGUCUCUGCUGUGA